ACCUUUUGUGACUUUGCUUCCGCAUACGUCAUACGAGUUCGCCGGCUGGCGCUCACUUGUUUUUUUUUGAAGAAAAUACAACUGACGACGACAUGCUCUGACACUUUCAGUCGACUAAUUCUACGUUUAAUGUUCCUUUAAAGUGAAGAAUAGUCCAAGAAGUAUGUCGCUGCUUUCCUCCGUCGAGACAGCAAUCAAGUCGUGCAAAGACGAACAGGCGAGGGUGAACGGCCGCAUUCAAUUAUACAAAGAACUACUACAAAGUUUGACAGCUCCCGAAGAGCCAGAACCAACAACGGAUGGUCUGAUAGAUACUGCACCUUCAUCCUCAGUGGAGACACAAGAAAUGAAACUGCUUGAAGAAGCAUUAGAAAAAGCCCUUCAUGUGCGCGCUGGCACGAAACUUUCCAGGAAAGACCCCAAGGGAAACGAACCCACUAAUUUUCAAAAGGAACUCGCCACCUUACCCAAAGCGAUGACUAUAAAAGCCUCUUAUGCCUUCAAAGGAAAUCAAACCGCCAGCAAAGUAACCCUCAAGUCUGCCAACAGUGACAAAAAAGCGCCCAAAAAGCCUGUGACGUCAUCGAGAUCCUCAACCGCCUGCGGACCCGGAAAGCAUAAAAGCGCCGUUUACAAAAAUGUGCUUAAGACCCAUUCGAAGACGAUGCAUCAGGCUGUAAAAAGUGUCCAUCAGACUCCCCCAGUUAGCAUCACCGAUGAAAGCAUCACGCCGAGUGGUGAGCUCAAAGUAUCAGCUGCGACAGCGUCACAUGUCAAAGGAGGCACGGGAGAUCACAGUCUGCCUCAACCAAGAAGUGCGGAAAACGAUCAGAAGGAACGGUGGAUCUGUCUGAGGCUCAAACAAAACAGAAUGUGGGACAAAGUGCUGGCCGCUCAAAGGAAACCUGCGCCCGGGAGGAGUCGCUUCAUGGAGAGAAUGAGAGCAAUGUUUCCCAAGGACUGGCCACCUGGAAGCCCGGAGCAGAUCGGACAUCUGGUUAGCAGACUGACUCACCGGGUUGAUGACCUCGCCCAGCGUUGCCAGACAAUGGACCUUCUGGACCAACAGACCCCAGAGCAAGGCGCGGAACCGGCAGGGAUCAAAGAAAAUGUGUGUCUAACGCCUGAGAGACUGCAAAUAACAGCAAUGGAGCUGCGGAAUGUUGCAGAGCAAGCAAAGCAUGAGUGGGAAGCCUGGGAUCGAUGGAGGCCGGAGGGAGUUUGCCUUUACGCCGCCGGGCCAGCGGAAGGUGAGGCGAUCGAGCGCCGUCUGCCCGUGACUAUCACUUACGGCUCAGAGUCUGAGCUGCGGCAGCUGGAAGCAACCAGGAUGAGAGUGGCUCUGCUGCAGCAGGAGAUGUACCUCCAGCAGGCUCUGCUUGACGCUCUAUCCCCUCAACUGGCCUCCAUCGUCCCUUCAUGUACGAACUACGGUGUGCUGAGAGACUUGUACUCCCUCCUGGGUGAAGGAGGUCAGCGUUUCCCUGUUAUCGUCCUGGACCCCGAGCCUGAGGCACUUACGGAGAUAGAGAACCAUUUGCAAUAAGUGGAAACUGAACCGACGCAAUAAAGUCAGGUAAGUGAACCGCUACUUUUUCCAUGAGGCGUUCGGUUACAUACAGUAUAUGCGCAUAAAAUUGCAUGAGUUGUGUUCAUUUUCCUGGCGGCCAUUGUAGUUUUAAACUGGGAAAAUAACCGUCUUCUGGUCAUGAAUAUUCAGACAGCGAAUAUCAAAGAUUUUUUUUUUUUUAAUGUUCGGCUGAAACUUUUCCAGCCAUUGCAACAGACCAUGUAUUGUACUUCAGGGAAUUGAGAGAUGACACUAAAAUACCUCAUUUGCACGUGCAGAAUCCCGAACCUGAAAGUAAUUCACCAUCUGUGAUCCAGAGAAACUCAGCAAUUGUGAGGGGAGUACAUCGGAAGCCUUCGGGUAGGCUUUAAGGGCUCGUACCCGCAGAUGACGUAUGGUUUGCCUCGGCCUUGCCAGACGGGGCGCCAGGUGGCUCUGAGUUGACGCGGCAGGACGUGGGUGUUCGAGGCCUGCUGAACACACCAAGGCUGAGAUGAUACACACGGGGAACGGCUUGGCCGUAUGCUAUGAUCUGGAAAUGCCAACAUUUCCCCUCUGAGGGGGAGGGUGGGUUGCGAGAAAGAAGAAUGAGCUGAAGUUCAAAUGUUCUGCUAAGUGAGUUUUAAUCAAAAGCACUCAAGAAGCAGUCUGACAGUGUGUUAAAAAGAAAAAGGCAGAGCUCACCUCCAGGAUCAGAAGUGACAGACAGCAGCCAUGCAUAUAUAUUCAUUCAUUCAUCUUCCGAACCGCUUGAUCCUCACUAGGGUUGCGGGGGGUGCUGGAGCCUAUCCCAGCUGUCUCCGGGCAGUAGGCGGGGGACACCCUGAAUCGGUUGCCAACCAAUCGCAGGGCACACAGAGACGAACAACCAUUCACGCUCACACUCACACCUAGGGACAAUUUAGAGUGUUCAAUCAGCCUGCCAUGCAUGUUUUUGGAAUGUGGGAGGAAACCGGAGCACCCGGAGAAAACCCACGCAGACCCGGGGAGAA